GAAACGUCGCACCUCCGUCACCGGUGUUUCUGUUUCCGUGAGCAGCUGUCAUACAGACCAGCGCGGGUUUUUGUGGUUUCCAGCGGUAUAUGAUCAAAGAAACAACAUUUGAAAUGGAAUUUACCGUGAAAAGAAGUCGAGAGAAGAUCGGCGACGACGACGUUAAUGAUGGCAGAGUCAGUGGAAAGAGGGAGAAGGAAGAAAGAAGCCAGGAGUCCUGUUUGGAUCAACCCAUGGAUUCAAACAGUACCUAUGAGGUCAUCAAGUACACACCUUCACAGUUACCAGCUAGUCAUUAUGAUGCAGACACGACGGAACCGAUCAUCUGUGGUCUCCAGACCUUGGAGGAUCUGCUGUCAUGGAACAAAAGUCGCGCCAAUCCCUUCAACGUAGCGAUCGUCCCUUUGGCAUCCCGGGAGCCUCCUCUGAACAUCACCCCUCGUCGGACAUUGAUAUCUCAUGACAUGAUGGGAGGCUACCUGGAUGACAGGUUUCUCCAGGGGACGUGCUCAGAAGCCCCCUACGCCUUCUACCACUGGCACCACAUUGAUAUUUUCAAUUACUUCACACACACCUUGGUGACCAUUCCGCCUGCCGUGUGGACCAGCGCUGCUCACAAACACGGAGUCGUCGUAAUCGGAACAUUCAUCACAGAGUGGAAAGAAGGCGCUGCAGUGUGUGAGGCCUUCCUUAAAGACGAGGAGUCGUACCGGGCCGUCGCCGAUAAACUGGUCCAGAUCAGCCACUACUACGGCUUCGAUGGUUGGCUCAUUAACAUAGAGAAUAAACUGAGCGAGGGGGCAGUAAAGAACACACCUUUGUUCCUGCGCUAUCUGACAGACCAAAUGCACGAGCGAGUGACCGGCAGCCUGGUCGUGUGGUACGACAGCGUGCUGGAGACGGGAAACCUGGACUGGCAGAACCAACUCAACCAGUCUAAUAAGAUGUUUUUUGACUCCUGCGACGGUUUCUUCACCAACUACAACUGGACGGAGGAAAACUUGGUGGAAAUGAAGAACUACAGUGGGCUCCAAGGCCGCGAGGCCGACGUCUACGUCGGAGUAGACGUGUUCGCCCGCGGAAAUGUGGUCGGAGGAAUGUUGGAAACUAACAAGGCUCUGGACGUCAUCCGGAAACACGACUUCUCCGCAGCCAUCUUCGCCCCAGGCUGGGUUUACGAGAGUAACGACGACAAGACGGAAUUCCGACAAAAUCAGGAUAUGUUCUGGUCUCUUCUGUCAGAUUAUCUGUACACUCACCGACCAACGUCUCCUCUUCCCUUCACCUCCUCCUUCUGCCAGGGCUUUGGAAAGGCAUUCUACUGCAGUGGAAAGCAAGAGACAGGAAGGAGCUGGUUCAACCUCUUGGCUCAGGAGGUCCAGCCUCUGUACUACCACACCAAGCUGAAGGAGCAGGGCUGGCUGAGGAGCCGCGGCUGCCCAGAGGACGGAUGGAACGGAGGCUGCUCCCUGCUGCUGGAAGGCCUCAUCCCUGCCGCUCACACAGACCCCGUGUCCGCCAAGAUCUUCUCCCUCCACAUCCCUCUGCCACCAACCGUCCUGGUGACCCUCAUCUGCAAACCGUCUGAUGACGUCAGCGUCUUACUGGAGCUCAAGACAGCAGACGGCCAGGACGGCAAAGCCACCUGUGUGCGACCUGACGUACUAGAGAGGAAUCAUCAGCUGGUCAGCGACCUCUCUCAGCUGUGUGGGACCUUGAAUCCAGACGGUUGGACUGUCAGGUGUCAUCAGCUGGAGCACCUUGUCUGCACCCUCAGAGAAAUAUGUGUCAGUAUCCAGAGCAGAAGAAAAGAUGUGGACGUGCCCUUCACCUGCAGGGUGGGGGAGAUCAUGCUCCUGGACGCGGCCAGUCUCCACCUUCCCCCUGAGAAGGUCCAGGGUGUGUGUAUUUACGACGUAGUGUGGCUGUCUGGUUCCACUGCCACCUCACCUGACUCCGACCCCACCGGUCUGCACCUGAACGCCACUCUGCAGUGGGACUACCCCACGGAGCAGGUGCGCCACUUCAAAGUGUACUGGCGCAGAUUGAGGGGACCCGACCCACGAAACCCCCCAGGCCAACUGGUGCUGGUGGGACGGGCGUACACCAACCUGUACCGAGUCACCGAGCUGGCGGUGCCACAGCCGCCCUGCGUUCUGGAGCUGGUGGUGGAGCCUGUGAUCAGGAAGGGCUUCCUGGUUCCAGAGAGACAGUGGGGCAGAAGACGUCUGAGUUACACGGAGGACGUUACACCGUGACGGGGGUCUCACCGCUGCUUCAGCCUGAGGAAGAUCAGCUGACCUACAUUAACCAACCACAGAUCAGUCAGCUUUAACUACAUUCAUGCAUUCAGCAGACACUUUUAUACAAAGCGACUUACACCAGGUUCCUCUGGGAAUCAAACCUAGGACUCUAUAUCUCGAGGCGGGCGUGCUAACCGCUACACCAUGGAACACAUUACAUAUUUGUAGUUAAUCACGUGUCGUUAUAAUGUAUUAUCUGCAGUAUCAGUGUUGUUAGUUUAACUUCUGAAUAAAGAACGUAAAUAUUUGGAUCUAAUGACUGGAAAUGACAACUGGAAAUGUCUUGCCAUUUUCUCCCCCUACUGGCUGCUCUCUACUAUUACACCAACCAUCUCCAUAUCCUACGUGAUUCCAGUUUCUUAAAUUAAACAACCAGGUGUAGUUUUACCUUCACGUCUUCUUCAGAGGUCCGACUCGAUGUCCUCGUGACCCGUCCUUCGUUUGUUUCCAAAAAGCAAAUUUUGCCGUGGCACACCUGCAGUGCUGCCCUCUGGUGACGGCCUGUAGGCAGGAGGUGUGGUUCUCUGAGGAAGGACAGGAGCUCACACCAAAACACAUCAGUGUAGAAAAACUACACGAUUCUGUGACUCUAAGGAAGUUGAAGAAAACAAGCUGUGUCGCUGUGAAUGUUUGUGAAAUCUUUUAUUUGGAUAGAUAAGUUCAGACGGUACAAAAAGGAUGCAAAAAAAAGAAGACGGUUCUAGAAACAGUCCAAUUCAAGUAAGAAAAUAGUCCUUUAAAAGCGUGAGUGACUUGAGGUUGAACGUAGCCUGUGACCAUUUCUCUGCUGAACUGUGGAACCACAGGUUCAGCCGUUAAAAUCAUCAACAACACUGCUCUACAGGAAACUACUUCAUCGACAUCAUGCACCAUGGGAACCAACAACAGACCUUUA